CCUCCGCUACCUCCUCGCGGCCGGCGCAUCGACCCCUUGCCGCCGUCGGAAGGCCUCCGUGGUAGACAUGGGCCACCUCCUCUCGCGGCUGCUGAGGGAGAGCACCGACGAAGGCGGCUCAAGGGUACGCAAGAGGCGCGGCAAGGGAUUGCGGGAGGUGAUAGAUCUCAGUGCGAAUAGGAUUCAAGCUAACAAGGCCAGUGCCUCCAGGAGGGAUAUUGGCGAUGUGAGCAACAUCACACUGGAGGAGGUGCCUGACGAUAGUCUCGAAGAGGAUCUGUCUGAAUUAUUUGCACCUCUCACAAAUGAAGAAGAAAGUGAAGUAAACAACUUAUUGAAUGGUAGUGCUCACAGUAAAAAAAUAAUAGUGCUGCAUAAGUCUUCAAACAUUGAGAUUACCAAAGAGAAACUAUGGUGUUUGAGGCCUCGGGGUUGGUUAAACGAUGAGGUCAUCAAUUUGUACCUUGAAUUAUUAAAGGAGAGAGCAGAAAGAGAACCCCAAAGAUUUUUAAAAUGCCACUUCUUUAACACAUUCUUUUAUAAGAAGCUUGCUUGUGGAAAAACUGGUUAUGACUAUCAAUCUGUUAGAAGAUGGACAAACCCCAACAAGUUGGGUUAUAGGCUUGCGGAUUGUGAGAAAAUAUUUAUUCCAGUACACAGAGAUGUACAUUGGUGCUUGGCAAUUAUUGACAUGAAGGAAGAAACUUUUCAUUAUCUUGAUUCUCUUGGUGGCAAGGACAGUGGCGUACUGAGGAUACUGGCUAGAUAUAUUAUGGAUGAAUUGAAGGACAAGAAUAACAUAGAGAUAGACACAAGUUCUUGGCGGGAAGUAUCUGUUCAUAUUCCUUUGCAACAUAAUGGAUGGGAUUGUGGUAUGUUUAUGCUCAAGUUCAUCGAUUUCUACAGCAGAGGUCUCAUACUAUCUUUUAGUCAGGAACAUAUGGAAUAUUUUAGGAGGCGGACAGCAAAGGAGAUCCUGAGAUUAAGAGCUGAUUAAGAAUGACUUGUUUAUGACCAACAUUCAGACAUUUUCCGAAGGUAUUCUUCUUGCAUUCCACUUGCCAAGAUGCGAGGAAGUAUUUCUCGGCCGUCAACAACUGGAGUUGUGGUGAUUAUAAGCUCUAGGAGUGAUCACCAUGCCACCACAGUUUUGUAAGAUCUUUAAUUCUUAUAUUCAUCUAGGAUCUGAUUUUGGUAGAAUGGAGGGUUGGAAAAGAGAUAUAUAGGGAAGACAGUAAGACAAGUUUAGAGGUAGAGUUCUCUGCUCACCGCUGCUCACCGCGAUAGCAUGUAGCAAUAAUUGCAAUUUGGAACUAAAGAGAGGUUGACCCUGUACCUCUUAUUCUGUUAAUAACUUAACAUUGCAUGUACUACUGUGGGAACUUAAUCAGGCAGUGAGGUUCUGUGAUCACGAUGUUUA